GAACAUUGCUUAAAACAGGGUUGUUGGUGGAAUCAUAUGAUAGAAAAAUCUCGGUCGCCGCAAGGGAUAUAUAAAUUUAUUAGCCAAAAUGACCGCCGGAACAAGUGAAAAAGAGGCUGCUGGCCAGCUGCUGGAUAACUUGUACCUGGACAUGUUCCACCUAAUCGAGGAGCACACCCAGUGCCGCGUUAAUCUGGAACGGAGCAAUGCAAGUGGGGCGAUUCUCCUGGCUCGCACUCGGUUCCAGCACGGAGGCAGUAACUCGGUGUCCACGGCUCAGAUUCCCACUGAGAACAGUGCCGAGUUCAAUGCUCUCUGCCGGGUUGUGGACUCCGAAGAUGGCAUAUGCGUCGAGAGGCAGGCGGUGGACAAAUCCAAGGGCUAUGUGGAGCCCCUGCACUGGUUCUCGGUUCUGCCGCCCAUGAGUUUGCGCCAUGCCGUGUCCAAGUUUAAGGAUUGCAUCGAACUUGUGGCGGAAAGCACAAAUUUACAGCGACAGCUGGGAGAAGCUUUGGAUUGGAUCGCUAAAUUGCGUCAGAUUGCCCUGCUAAACUAGUUAUUAAUUACCUACCCGAAAUCCAUACAAUAAUUAAGAAUAAAGUAGAAUUGAAACCGUAA